UUUAACUAGGGCAAAAAAAAUAAAAAUACAAAUACAAAUACACCAAACAGCAGGUCGCCGUCACUUACAUAUCUCUCCGGUCACCGUCGCCGUCGUAUUAUCUCACCGCCGUCCACCUUCUCUACUUGCGGCCGAAAUCCACUCUUAUCACUGCACCAAGCUUAAGGUAAGUCAGCACCCUUUUUGAUUAUGGGAGAUAGUGAAACAGCUGUUGGUCAAGCAUCAGCUGUCCAGGAGAAUCCGUCAGUUCCCUAUUCAGCUUCGGAGCAUAGUGACAUGGCUAAUUCUACUGUUACCAAUGCCAUGGAGGUAGAACAUGGGGAUGGGUCAGGUGCUGCUGAAAAAUCAAAUGCUACAAAUGUUAAUUCUGGUCAUGAGGUUUCUCCUGUAGACUCAUCUCAGCUGUCAGCUUACCAUUCUUCUGUGAAUGGGAAUGAUGGCAGCGAUGAUAAACCUAUGCCAGAUGCUGUUGUAAAUGAGAAUGGAGUUAGUUCAUACACUACACAUAAUUCUGCACCUGUAACCCAACCAGAAGAUGGUUCUGCCGUUGCUGCGUUAUCUCCUGAGGAAGAGCGACUUUGGAGCAUAGUAAAUACCAAUUCGUCAGAUUUUAAUGCCUGGACUGCCCUAAUAGAUGAGACUGAAAAAACACCUGAGAAUAUUUUGAAGAUCCGAAAAGUUUACGAUACCUUUUUAGCUGAAUUUCCCCUGUGUUACGGCUAUUGGAAGAAAUAUGCUGAUCAUGAAGUGCGACUUGGAUAUAUGGAUAAAGUUGUCGAGGUCUAUGAACGUUCUGUGCAUGGGGUGACCUAUUCUGUAGAUAUGUGGUUGCAUUACUGUGUUUUUGCCAUAAACACCUAUGGGGAUCCUGACACAGUACGGAGGCUAUUUGAACGGGGAUUAGCUUAUGUUGGUACUGAUUACCUGUCUUUCCCCCUAUGGGAUAAAUAUAUCGAAUACGAGUAUCAGCAGCAACAUUGGUCCAACCUUGCUAUGAUAUACACACGGAUAUUAGAGCAUCCUAAUCAGCAGUUGGAUCGCUAUUUUAACAGCUUCAGGGAAUUAGUGGCUAGUCGUCCUUUGUCAGAAUUGAGAACUCCCGAGGAAGUUGCAGCUGCAGAAAAAGCUAAAGUCGAGGUUCACAAAGAAGAAAGUGAAGGGGAAGUUCAACCAAAUGCAGCAGAGCAAUCCUCUAAACCAUCAAGUGCAGAGUUAACAGAGGCUGAGGAGUUGGAAAGUUAUAUCGCCAUUAGAGAAGAGCUGCAUAAGAAAUCUAAAGAGUUGGAUUCAAAAAUCAUUGAUUUUGAAACUGCUAUUAGGAGGCCCUAUUUUCAUGUUCGACCACUUAAUGUCGCAGAGCUUGAAAAUUGGCACAACUAUCUUGAUUUUAUUGAAGGAGGUGAUGACUUAAAUAAGGUUGUCAAGCUAUAUGAAAGAUGUUUAAUUGCGUGUGCCAAUUAUCCGGAGUACUGGAUACGCUACAUUCUGUGUAUGGAAGCUAGUGGAAGUAUGGAUCUUGCUGAAAAUGCACUUGCUCGUGCCACCCAGGUGUUUGUAAAGAGGCAACCCGAGAUUCACCUAUUUUCUGCUCGACUCAGAGAGCAUGGCGGAGAUAUUGCAGCUGCCCGUGCAUCAUAUCAGCUUGUGCACACAGAAAUUUCACCUGGUCUUUUGGAAGCAAUCAUCAAGCAUGCUAACAUGGAACAUCGGCAGGGAAAUUUGGAAGAUGCUUGCUCUUUGUAUGAACAGACGAUUGCAAUUGAGAAAGGAAAAGAACAAUCGCAGACCUUGCCGCUUUUGUUUGCACAGUAUUCUCGAUUUUUGUACAUGGUUUUGGGAAGAGUUGAAAAGGCAAGGGAAGUUCUACAUCAAGCCCUUGAGAGUAAUCAAAUCUCAAAACCACUCCUAGAGGCUUUGAUUCAUAUAGAAUCAAUUCAAUCAUCUCCAAAACAAAUUGAUCGUCUAGACUCGCUAGUUGAGAAGUUUAUUGCUCCUGGUCCUGAUAAUUCAAAUCCUGCAAGUUAUGUUGAUCGAGAAGAGUUGUCUAGCAUCUUUUUGGAGUUUCUAGAUCUCUUUGGGGACACCGAGACUAUCAAGAAGGCGGAUAAUAGGCAUGUCAAGCUCUUUUUACAUCAUAAGAAUGGCCCGGACUCCAAGAAACGUCACUUGGAUGGUUAUUUAGCUUCUGACAGAGCAAAGCUUGCCAAAACUGGUGCUGUUUCGCCUGCUCCAUCAAUGGUGGGUGGCUACCAGGGGUCACAGAACCAGUGGCCUACGGGUUACGGUGUCCAACCUCAGUCUUGGCCACAACCUACACAGGCUCAAGGACAACAAUGGCCAGCAACCUAUACCCAGCAGGCUGCUUAUGGUACAUACAACGCAUAUGGAAGUGGCUAUGUCCAACCGCAAGCCCCAACAUCUGUUCCUCAAGCUGCUGCCCCCGCCCCCGCCCCUGCUUAUGCUGCCUAUCCUGCUUCAUAUCCAGUCCAGCAGGCUGUCCCGCAGCAAGUUUAUACGCAACCUGGUGCUGCAGUAACAGCAGCACCGACAUUGACACCAGCUCAGCAGCCUACUGCAGCUGUUGCUCCGCAGUCGUAUUAUGGCACUUACUAUUAAAGCCACAACAGUUGUAGUAUACCAUAAAAUCGAUGGCAAUUUGGUUCGUUUUAUCCAUCUUCUGUAAAUUACACAUGGCCAUGGUACUAUCAUAAUAAUCAUUGAUAUGGUCUGAUGUCAUGGUAGAAGAUGCAUGAAGAGAAAGGUAAUUUGUCCAGUAGGAGGUCUCGUCUGAAUAUUACAAGCAGUUGUGGGACAUUGAAUUUGUGGAGUCGUUUUAGUAAGUCGGUCAAAUUAAGCUAUAGAUGAUUUAGUAGAAAAAUUUGUAAGCUAUUGAUGGAAUGUUUUGUUUUUUCUCGAAUAGAUUAUCAUUCUAUCUACUUGUACCCGAUUUCGUUUGCUUUUUGA